AUGUCGCUCUCAACUACCAACUCAUCGACUUCACGUUCAUACACAACCAGCCUAUUACCCACAAACGAAGAAUGGAAAGAGAUGACCAGAAGAAAUCAUAGCGAUUCAGAGGGUUCCAUCAAAGCUCUAUAUUCCAUCAUCAACAUCAUCUCUACCAUACUUGAGAAAGAAAAGAUGACUGGCGCAUUAGGUAAAUUGAUAGAAGAAGAAAAAUCCAUCAAUGAUUCUUAUGAUAACAGUCAGAACACUUCCUCUUCCUCUACUCCCUCUAGUACGACUUCGUUGAUUGAUCAUAUAUCAGAACAAAGUCCUCCUAAUGAGGUUCAAAUUGUUGAUAAUAUCUCUUCAGAGUCACCUUCCAAUGACUCUGCAAGUGAUAAUGACAAUUCAACUGAAGAUGAGAAUUCAACCGAUGAUCCACAUUCUCCAAUCUAUUUAGAAGAUUUUUUAGACUAUAUUCAAAAUCGUCAUCAAUCUCAAAUCCAAGUUAAUUCUCAUCUUUCUUAUACCACUUUGAAAGAAGUAUCAAGAACAAGAGUAAUCCCGACUAUUGAGGAAUUAGGAGAUAAAUUGUCUGAUAAAGUUAAGGAAGAUAUCAUACAUUGUUUGACUAUAUUUGUGGCCGAUUUGAAACUGUAUGAAACACGUAAUGGAAUAGGAUUAAGGGAAGAGGAUUCAAACAUGUAUGAGAUUCCGUCUAAGGGAGAGAUGAAGGAGGAGAAACUGGAUAGAAUCAUGGAAGAAGUUUGGUGGCAGAAGAAGGAGAAAUUUGAGGAGCUAUUUGAGGAAGGAACCUAUUUGAGAAUGGCAAGAGUAGGUGAAUGA